AUGCAUAUAUACUCCAAAGGUAAACCAAGCCUCCAUGAUGGCUUCUGCUCUGGCUUCUUGGCUUGUGGCAGCUCUCCCCACGGCCUCCCUGAGAAUCCGGCAGUACCGACGGAGGGAGCUUUUUAUAAUCAAUCCAUAAAGCUUGCUGAAGCAGACCCCUGCCUGCUGCUCCCCACACCCAGCCCCGAGACGGAGCACCCCGCCGACCCCACCAUGUCAUCAGAGCCCGGCGCCCCGCCGGCCGUGCCGCCUCUGCACUCUCCCAAGUCCCCGGUCUGGCCCACCUUCCCCUUCCAGCGUGAGGGCAGCCGUGUCUGGGAACGGGGCAACCUCCUACUGCGGGACCUGCCCAGCCCACUGCCCACUAAGAGGACCAGGACCUACUCUGCGACGGCACGUGCUUCUGCCGGGCCCAUCUACAAGGGUGUCUGCAAGCAGUUCUCCCGCUCACAGGGCCAUGGGUUCAUCACUCCAGAGAACGGCACAGAAGACAUUUUUGUCCAUGUGUCUGACAUCGAGGGGGAGUACGUCCCGGUAGAGGGGGAUGAGGUGACGUACAAGGUCUGCCCCAUCCCUCCCAAGAACCAGAAGUUCCAAGCAGUGGAGGUGGUGCUCACCAACCUGGCGCCCCAUACGAAGCAUGAGACGUGGUCUGGGCAGAUCAUCGGCUCCUAGGUGCCUGGGGGGCCUGAUGGCCGCUCGCGGGGAGCUUGGGGA